AUGGUCUCUCAUUCUCACAAUAAGUGUCAUUGUAGUGCUCAUACCAGGCAGUUUGUUAGCAAACAACAUAUUAUCAUGAAUGAUGACACAUCUUCUUCAUCUUCUUAUACACUCUCAAUCAUUUCUCUUCUCAAAUCUUCACAUGUUGACAGAUCCGUGUCUGCUGAUGAUAGUGAACCUGAUGUGGAAUCAUUGAUUGAGAACUUGAAGGACGCGAUAAUGAAGGAAUUGUCUGUGUCAUGUGUGGCCGGGUCUCCAGCGUCCCCCCCUGCCCCUUCUGCCGCUCCUUCCCCUGCUGCUCCCCCUCAAUCUCCUACACUUGCCCCUGUGUCUGGUUCUCCCGCUCCUGCUACCCCUGUUCCCGCGACCCCCACUUCUGCUACUCCUGGUUUUGCCGCCUCUGCUUUUGUUUUUGGCGUUUUUCGGGUGGCGUGGUGUUGGAAAUAGAUUAAACGUGUGGCGUAUGAAAAUGAAUGGGGUGUGUAUGAUAACAUUUGUCUUUUUGCAGCCGACCCUUACAGUUGGUGAUCAAUUCAUUAUCCCUUUCCUUUUUCUUAUGCUUUUCCUUUA